CGGCGGAUGAGGGCUCGGCCCGGGCGGGGAGGCCUCGGGGCCCACCGGGCGCCGUCGCCCCGAGCCUGUCCUGCGCUGUGGGAACUUUGUGCUUCAAGUUGCCCCUUGCCGGGUGCGGGUCCUGGGUGCACGCCGACUCUCGGGGCGGCCGGAGCCGGGAUCCCCCUGGGGCUGCCCAGCCCGCGAGCCACAGCCGAGCUUCCAGCAUCAGAUUGUGUUUCUCUUGACACUUGUCACCUUUGUUUCCACCGUCCCCCUCCACGGUGGACCUCCCGUGAGCGGAGACGUCCAAGACUGCAGGGAAAUACUGGGGAGAAAAGUGCCCCCGGAGGAGCAGAAAGAGUACCUCUACUUGCCGGCUUGUGAUGACUGACAUUUUCUCUGAGACGAUGGCCUGGACCAAAAUGAGAAGUACAUUUCCGUCGCCGAUCGCAAAGUAGCAAAGUAGCAGGCGACAGGCUGAGGACUGCCGGGCGAGCGAUGGAUCCCUGUGAAGAUCUGGAAGUGUCCGGUGGUAAAUCUCAGGACUCUAGGCGGAGGCAGCCUCAUGAACUUGAAGGACCACAGGCCAGCGGUCCUGAGGCGCUGGGGAAGGACUCUGCUGAGAUGUGGAGCCGGAAAUACCAGCUGCGGAGCAAAUACGUGCAGACCAGCAACAGUGAACCACAAGAUCAAAACAGAGUUUCCAAAGACCUUAUAACGGUUGUCCAAGAAAUGAAAAAAUACUUUCCGUCAGAGAGACAGAGUAAACCAAGCACCCUGGAUGCUCUCAACUAUGCCCUUCGCUGCGUACACAGCGUGCAAGCAAACAGUGAGUUUUUCCAGAUUCUCAAUCAGAAUGGAGCGCCUCAAGCAGACGUGACCAUGUACAGUGUUGAGGAGCUGGCUGCUAUUGCUUCAGAGCACACUUCCAAAAACACAGAUACCUUCGUGGCAGUUUUUUCAUUUCUGUCUGGAAGGUUAGUGCACGUUUCUGAACAGGCUCCUUCGAUCCUGCACUGUAAGAAAGAGUUCUUAGAGUCCUCUCAUUUCGUUGACCUGCUCGCCCCUCAAGACGUGAGGGUGUUCUACACGCACACUGCCCAUGCUCAGCUUCCUUUCUGGAACAACUGGACCCAAAGAGCAGCCUCACGCUAUGAAUUCGCUCCGGUGAAGUCCUUUUUCUGCAGGAUCCGUGGAGGUGAAGCCCGGGAGCUGAGGCAGCCUUACUGCCCAUUCCGGAUUAUCCCCUAUUUGAUUCAUGUGCACAGCUCGGCCCGCCCGGAGCCUGAGCCCUGCUGUCUCACACUGGUGGAGAAGAUUCAUUCUGGUUACGAAGCUCCUCGAAUCCCAGUGGAUAAAAGAAUUUUUACCACAACACACACCCCCGGGUGUGUUUUUCUUGAAAUAGAUGAAAGAGCAGUGCCUCUGCUGGGUUACCUACCUCAGGAUCUGAUUGGAACAUCCAUCCUGACAUACCUGCACCCGGAAGAUCGUUCUCUAAUGGUCGCCAUACACCAAAAAGUCUUGAAGUAUGCAGGCCAUCUACCCUUUGAACAUUCACCCAUUAGAUUUUGUUCUCAAAAUGGGGAUUACAUUGUAUUGGAUUCCAGUUGGUCCAGCUUUGUGAACCCAUGGAGCCGGAAGGUUUCUUUCAUCAUCGGUCGGCAUAAAGUGCGAACAGUCACUUUCCCGGCGAUCACUGAGGCAGGAGGUUGCAAAGUGGAGACGGACACCAGAUUUCCUUCUUUACUCCUAGACCCGUUUCCUGACGUCCGCCGCCGCCGCCACCGCCGCAGCCAACACUUCAUGCCGAGCUUGACACCAUUUGAUGAAGGCGGCGAAUCCUUUGAGUUCUGUAAUUGGAGUCCACUAAAUGAGAAUGUUUUUGCCGCCAGAAUAAAGAAGAUGAACAGUAAUGACAAAGACAUAACAGAAUUACAAGAACAAAUUCACAGACUUCUCUUACAGCCCGUUCACGGGAGCGCAUCCAGUGGCUAUGGGAGCCUGGGGAGCAGCGGGUCUCAGGAGCAUCACCUCAGCAUCGCAUCCUCCAGUGAGUCCAGCGAGCGCUGCAUGGAGGAGGUGCAGAAGGCACCGUUGACUUUGCAGCAGGUCCAUGCCAGUGUAAACAAAAUCAAGCAUCUAGGCCAGCGGCUGCACAUCGAGUCAAGGGCCAGAUCGCCAAAGAAGCGAGUGGUGGAGACCGACCCGGGACUGCGUGGUGAUGAGCAGAAGACCUUUUCUUCCUUCCAGACAUUAAAAAAUAAUAGCAUGUACCCCGAGUCUUGUGAGGAUUUGAGAAGGUGUCAGCAUAGCCCAUCCUAUCAGCAGAUAAACUGUAUUGAUAGCGUUGUCAGGUACCUGAAGAGCUACGACAUUCCAGCUUUGAAGAGAAAGUGUAUCUCCUGUACAAAUACGACUUCCUCGUCCUCGGAAGAAGACGGACAAAGCCACAGAGCAGAUGAUGUCCAAGCACUGCAAGUUGCUCUUACAUCACCAGCUGUUUCUCAGAUCCCAGCCGUACCUACAUCAGAAAUGCCAGCUAAUGGACGGUCCACAGAUGCUGAAGGAGGAGCGCCACAGGCCCUGACCAAGGAGGCUCUGAGCCUGGACGUGAGGCAGUGCAGCUACAGCAGCACCGUUGUUCACAUGCCACCACUGGAGUCAGAAUUGAGUCCAGCAGAGCUUGGCACCCUGCCCUGUGAGCCCUGGACCCUCAGCACACACCCAGCUCCACUGGCCUCAGAACAGUUUAAACACACAGGGCUCACAAAAGCUGUGCUGUCAGCCCACACGCAGAAGGAAGAGCCGAGUUAUGUGGAUCAGUUCCGGGACAGGAUUCUGUCAUCGCCCUACGGCUCCUAUCUUCAGCAAGAAAGCAGAAGCAAAGCUACAUAUUCAGAUGUUCAAGGAGAUUCUGCUUCCAAGCCUACCCGAUCCGCUGGUUGCAGGAAGGGGAAGCACAAGCGUAAGAAGCUGCUCAUGUGGUCGGACAGCAAGGGCACUAAGGAUGACUUCUGUCCCCACCUCGCAGGAGAGACCCAGGAUGGACAGCCCUGGUGCCCUUCCUCCACCUCCUCUCCUUAUGCCUCUGGCCCAUUGCUCCAGGCUGCAGUGGUGGUUCCCAGCCAGGCACCUUGCCUCGUCCAAGCCCUUCCCCUCCCAACCAUGACCUCCCUGGGGAGAGAACAUGCAGCCUCAGAAACUGCGUUGCAGAGUCUGCCUGAGCCGCCUUUCCCCAAUGGCUUGCAGUCUUUCCCAGCUCUGCCCUCUGCUUGCUUAGAUACUUUUAUGAACAUCUUCCUGCAUGACCCCCCUAUCUGUCCUCUCUUGUUACCACCAUUCUCCCCAUAUCCAUUCUUGGGAGCAGCAGGCUCUUCUCAAAUACCUGCCUCGGUAUCAGCAGUGCCUCCAAAUCCAGGCCCACCAUCUUCAGCCAUCAGCCAAAGGAGCGGCGAGGGAAAGUGGGGGACCCAGAAUGAAGGGCACCCCCUCAUUAACUCAAAGAGCAGCUCCCCGCUCCAGCUCGACCUGCUGCAGGAGGACAGGCCCAGAUCCUGUGCAUCCCCAGAAGCUGAGUAUCAGCCUGUCAGUCUCAACAGUGAGAAUAAGAACGAUCAUUUUACUACCAGUGAACUGUCUACAGUGUCACUGCAUGAGGCUUCUCCGCCGGGAGCUGGUUCUGCAGCAGCAGGAAGCAGUGGCAGCAGUAUAAACUUUGCUACUAGUGAUUAUUCUUCUGAAAUCUUUCAAAAUGGGCAGCAGUCUCAGGAUGUACAGAAAAAAGAAACAUUUCCCAACUUAGCUGAAGAGUCCAUCUGGAGAAUGAUAGAACAAACACCUGAGUGCAUUCUGAUGACGUAUCAGGUGCCUGAGAGGGUUAAAGAAAUUGUACUGAAAGAAGACCUAGAAAACCUGGAAAGCAUGAGGCGGCGGCAGCCGCAGUUUUCUCACGGACAAAGGGAGGAGCUGGCCAAUGCGCGUUCCUGGAUUCAGAGCCAGACGAUCCCUCAGGAAAUAGACAUCCAGUAUUUUCGAUCUAUGGUUGGUUGAGUCUGUGGAUGUGGAACCUGCAGAGAGGGCCGACUGUGCAUUGCAUGAUCCCGCUGAAAAUCUUAAUCUUCACAAUUGCUUCUGUGGUAGGUGUUAUUAUCCCUGCUUUACCAAUAACAACAAAGUGAGGUAUACAGAUACUAAAUAAUUUGUACACUCAGCCCUCUAUAUCCACAGUUCAAAUUUCAAUCUGUAGUUGGUUGAAUCCAAGGAUGCGGAACCCUCGAGUGCAGAGGGCUGACUGCACCAAGUCAUCUAUAUAAGGAUUGAGCAUCCACAGAUUUUUGUAUCCUCAGGGGGUUCAGGAGCCAAGCCCUCUGCACAGACUGAAGGACAACUGUGUAAGGGCUCAGUUCUUCAGAUUUUGAAUACAGGUCUUUCUGGCUCCAAGUGUUUUUUUCUUCCACCAGUUGGAAUGUUACGGGGCAGUUAGGAGUAAAGACACCUGCUUUCAUAUGUGAUUGACUGGGGAGGAGAGUAUAAGAUUUGCAUGUCAAAUAUGCGUGCAUGUUUGAAAAGAGUUGAAUCUCAAGAUGUAAGAUUCACACCAGAGGAUUUAGGAUUUAGGAUUUAGGAUUCAUGCCGAGCAGGAAUUUCUGUGGGAAGAGUAUAUGAAGAAUGAGCCCCAAAACAAUUUAAGCAAAAGUAUUUAAACAGUUGCUGUCAUUUCCCUUCUAAUAGUAAGGGAUGAACUAUAAUGGAUAGUCUUAGAUGUGAAUAAGUGGGAGAAUGAGACACAGGUUGCUUGGCCGGCAUUUUACUGGUUUAAACACUUUUCAGGUGACUUCACAUCAAAUAA